UCUCUCCACCUCAUCCUCUUGGGCGAGCUGGUAGCGGCCGGCAGGCGCGGGCGGCCACGGGUGAGCCGGGCAUGACCGAGCCGGCGACGGGCGGCCAGCGCUGGCAAAGCGGCUCGGCCGGGCGGGCGGGCAGUCGUGGGUCUCCAGGCCACAGUCAGAAUGUUGGUGCAGUGAACGUUCAGACUAGACCGGAACUCAGUGAAAAACUAGCACAAUCUGAGCAAGCAAGAGAAGCACAUCGGCAAGAUAAUCAAGUCCAUCAUGAAGAAAAUCGAAAGGUUAACAAUCAUAUGAGCCGAAUGGAAGAAGAAUGGGCACAGAUGAAGAAGCAUAUGAGUGCUAACUGUAGCCAACAUGACUCACCAGGAUCAGCUGGAACAAGAGAUCAUGAUGGAUAUUAGAAGCAAGACAUGUGAAUGGUUCAUGAGGAUGUCACCGUUGCAUGAAUAUGCAUAUGCUUUUGCUUCUAGUUUUUUUUUACAGGAUGGACCUUAAGUUAGCCUGUGUUAGUUUCAUGUCUUGGAUUGUUUCUUCUCCAUCUCAAAGAUGUUGAACUAUGUUUGUCAUUGCAAAUAUGAAUUCUCCUAUUAUCAAAAGAUAUAUCAUUCUUCUA